CAUCUUUAUAAGCUUGCUUUACACUAUCAGGUCCCCUAAAUUGUUGAUAAUAAAUAGCCGGCAUAUUUUUUGUUACUCUUGCUAUUUGCAUCCCUUGUAAUUCGCAUUGCCUUGCGAGAUUUUCGAUAAAAUUAAUAGCUUCCGGUUUAGGCAUCCAAUUACUUUGUUCAAAAAUAACUACAUGCCAGAAUUCGAGGCGUUCACCACUCUCAACAAAUUUGACGUUUCUAAGAUUCCAUUGCCCAUUUACAGGUUUCAUGGUGUAUCCUGAAUAUUUAACGUCUGUAGACUCAAUUAUACGUGCAUCCACUCUGGUCAGGUUGGGUUCAACUUCCAUACCAAUCUUUGUAGGAUCAUUCUGCAGCUGCAGUAUUUCUUUUGCACCCUUGAUCGUUUCGCUUUCAUUCACGCUGGGUCUCAUCUUAGCAGCCAAAAUAAUCUCUCCUCGUUGUCUUCCAGUCAACUUUUUGUUGCUAUAACGUUGUCCUUCAAUAAUUUUACAAAAUUCGAUCGGCCAUGCAAUUGUUGUGUCAUCGUCACUCAUUAUUUCAACAAAGAGCUUUGUUGGCUUCCGGGAUUGACCCUUGUUCUUUAAGUAUUCUUCAAUCUUGUUCUUGAAGUAUUCCUCAAGUGGAAAUGUUUCACUCGAAUCUGUCCUUGGUUUAUAUUUGAAAGAAGCUACUUGUUUAGUAUUUAGAAGCUUUUUAAUACGUCUUUCAGUUUGAAUAGGU